AUGAGUCAGAAAUACCAAGGUCAUGCAGCAAGUCUGCGAGGAAAAUUCUUACUGCCCGACCUUAUUUCUUCCAUGGAGAGCACGACAGGUUUUGCAUCACAAGCCAGACACCCUGAGAGCCCCCCUCACUACAGCAGGGACCCCAGCCCGGGGAUCUCACGGCCGCCGCGGGGGCUGGAGGGUCAGAGGCGCCGAAAAGGGCAACGCCCGCCCGCAGGGCGGGGGACGGGGCGGGGGUGGGACAGGGUUUCUGUUCCAAGAUUUGACAAGAUUCCGUGGUUUAGUGAGGCCAGCCUCGUAAACAAGCCAUUAGUGCUCAGCCUCCCGAAAAGAUAUCCUCAUUCGUCUGCCACUUUUCUGGUUUCAUCCAAGAAGGAUAUGAAAUUGCCAAUUUUGUUCCAAGCUCCAGAUGUCUUAUCUAAGGCCGGGGGGAACCAGAGAGACCCCACGCUGAUCAGAAACAAGCAGCUGUGCUCCACGUGUCGAGCAAUGAAAAUGGUGCAACCAAGAACUAUGAUAAUCCCAGAUGAUCUGAAACUAUCCUUUAGCAACUAUCCAUAGCAAAUACUAUGAGUCAUAGUCAGAAUGAUGAGUCUUCAUCCACCAAAAGCCCAGACUGUACCCAAACGUCCUCGUGAUGACAUCCCAACAGAUAGCGUUCGCUACAGACUGCCCAUUCUGGGCCCCAGAACAGCUGUCUUCCGUGGACUGCUGUCAGGUGCCUACAAAACUCUGCAGGAGAUGCAACUCUCUUCCUUGCCCAGAAAGGAACCAGUGGGCAAGACAAUGAGGCAGUGAGUGGUCGGAGCUCAUCACCUUCCAGACUCUCAGAGAGAAAGCAUCCUCACCAAGCCAGUUUCUGACACUAGUGUCUUCUCAUCACUUCCU